CAACAUUCAUGUGUUUGGAAUGCAUGCAACUGUACUUGUUCUUGUAGUGUGCACAACCGCUGGUCCGUUGGCUCAAUUGCUUCCCACCGAGAGGCGAGGCGACAUACCUCCAACACAGACGACACAGAGCAGGACGCACUGUCCGCAUGAGCUCCUCGGUCCAGCACAAGCGGUUGUACCGGCUGCUGGUGAGCAGCAUGCUCCCCAUCGUGGCGGUGCCCCUCAUGCUCACCGCGGCGGGGCUCCGGCCCGUGCACGUGUUCCUGGCCGCGUUCGUCCCGGCCGCGGUGGCCGCCGUCUACCUCAGGCUCCGGCCGCGCGCCGUGUACAUGGUGGACUACGCGUGCUUCCGCCCCAACCCCGGCUCCCGCGUCCCGUUCGCCGCGUUCCAGGAGCACGCCAGCACGUGCGUCGACGAGCGCAGCGUCCGGUUCAUGGUGCGCCUGCUCGAGCGCUCCGGUCUCGGGGAGGAGACCUGCCUCCCCGACGCGCAGCACUACAUCCCGCCGGACCGCGACCUCCAGUCCUCCCGCGCCGAGGCCGAGCUCGUCGUCUUCUCCGCCAUCGACGACCUGCUCGCCAAGACAAAGGUCUCCCCGGAGGACAUCGACAUCCUCAUCAUCAACUGCAGCCUCUUCGCCCCGACGCCGUCUUUCGCCGACAUGGUCGUCAGCCGGUACAAGCUCCGCGAGGACGUGCGCAGCGUGCACCUCGCCGGGAUGGGCUGCAGCGCCGGGCUCAUCUCCGUGGGGCUCGCCAGGAACCUGCUCCAGGUCGCGCCCGAGGGCUCCAACGCGCUGGUGGUGUCCACGGAGACCAUCACGCCCAACUACUACAUGGGCAAGGAGCGCGCCAUGCUCCUGCCCAACUGCCUGUUCCGGAUGGGCGGCGCGGCCGUGCUCCUGUCCACCAGCAGUCGCAACGCGCGGUUCCGGCUCGCGCGCGUCGUGCGGACGCUGACCGGCGCCAAGGACGGCGCGUACGGCUGCGUGUACCAGGAGGAGGACGACCGCGGCAACGUCGGGGUCAACCUGUCCAAGGACCUGAUGGUCACCGCCGGCGACGCGCUCAGGGCGAACAUCACGGCCAUAGGGCCCCUGGUCCUGCCGGCGUCGGAGCAGCUGCUGUUCGCGCUGUCCUACGUGGCGCGCAAGGUGGUCGGCAGCAGCAGGAUCAGGCCGUACAUCCCCGACUUCCGCACGGCGUUCGAGCACUUCUGCAUCCACGCGGGCGGGCGCGCGGUGAUCGACGAGCUCCAGCGCAGCCUGAGGCUGUCGGACGAGCAGGUGGAGGCGUCGAGGAUGACGCUGCACCGUUUCGGCAACACGUCGAGCAGCUCGCUGUGGUACGAGCUGGCCUACAUCGAAGCCAAGGGACGCAUGCGCAAGGGCGACCGUGUGUGGAUGAUUGGCUUCGGCUCCGGGUUCAAGUGCAACAGCGCCGCCUGGGAGUGCAUUCGCCCGCCGGCGGCGCUCGACGGGCCAUGGGCCUCCUGCGUCCACCGGUACCCCGUCGACGUCCCCGACGUGCUCAAGCAUUAGUCAGGCCGCACGUACACAACCCGGCCGGCUCGUCUCUUGCAUGCGCAUUCCCAUUCGAUCGUACACGCACACAGUUCCACUCGUACACAAAACAAGUCCACGUACACAUGGCCAGCCACUGGCACUUACUGCUAGGCACUAUAGUUAGCUACAACUAUUACAAGUAUGCUUGCCAGAUUCGCUCACUAAAGGUUUAUAUAUCAUCCAAUAUUUUCUGUGAGCAUGUAGCCGACUUAGGAUUAUUGGAGCUUCUUCGUCCUGGAAUUAUGCGACCACUAAUAUGAACCACCUCUCAUAAAGUAAUAGGUUUACCAUUCCGAAUAGGGCGUUAUAACACCUUUACUUUGGUACAUUGUUCGUGUGGAGAAUGACAAAAUUUAUUGGGCCUAACGAUGAAUUGGGGAGAAUUCUCAAAUUGAUCUAAAGGACCAAUCGAACAUAUAAAGGACGCUACCCAACCCGCCAUUCUGAGGCCUCCGCACGCGCGACGCUUGUUGGACCGUGCGAUUUUUUUACUGUGUUCUUUUUUUACUGCUGGCAAUUGGUCAGUCGUCGGGUUUUCUUCACGUUUGUGAGUGCUUUGAGAAUGGAUGACAAGUGGGCCUCGUUAUGUGUGGGGUCGAGAAAACGGCGUGCGUUUUGCCCAAUUCUGCGUAAGAAAAGUAUCGAGUCCUAGACCGACGAGGGGUAAAAAGAAAAAAGCAAGCCAGCCGCCUCCUCUCACCCACGCCGCCCCUCCUCUCCCCGCUCGUCUCCUCCUCUCCGGCCGCUCCCCCCAGCCGGCGCCCACUAGCUGCUCUCCAGAUGCAUCCUCCCCAUGAUCCGAUGUCAUGUCCUGCGUAUAUGACACAUAGUACACUGUAUAAAGUGUGGGGCCAGAGGGCAGUGUGAGUUGUAUGGUGCUUAUAAGCCCAACCCCUUGUACUGAUCUAGUCAUCGAAUUAAUGAAUGAACUCAGCUGCUCCAGUCAAUCCCUUUGUCAUUUUCUAUCUCUAUCCUGUGAUUCUCUAGCUACUGCUAGGGACAUCACAAUUGGUAUUCAGAGCUUCGUUUUCGAUCCGAUCCACAUUUAGCCCUGUGCCCAAACUCUGUUCGUCCUCGAGAGAAUGAAAGAGAUGCAAAAAUCGUUGCAAGAAAUGUUGGAGCGAGUUCUAUCAGAGAAAUUUGACAAGUUCUUCCCCGAAUUGAAGAUGCGGGGCGGCGAGGGCACCAGCCUUCGCGCGGGGGUCGGCGACUUCCGCAAGGACCCGGGUGCCGUGAAGCACGAGCAGGUGGCAUCACCCGUACCGCAAGAACACGCUGCACCUCCGGCGAACAGGGCAGCGAGGUUCGCUUAUGGCGGCCAUCCUGCUCCAUGGGACUCGACGGGGGCUAUGGCCGACGCCAUGGCUGUACAAGGGCUGCUCGUCCCUGAUCCACAGGCGGAUGCACUCAGCACGCCCACCAGCUGUUCGACGGGGUGUCUCACCCAAGUCGAGCCAGCAAACCAGCAGACCGGGGCAGACUCCGUGCAGGAGCGCCGGUCCGUGCUCGAGGAGAAGCUCGAGGUCAAGCUCACACCGCUGCAGGCCAAGCUCAACCCGUUGGUGACCGACCUCCGCGCGCGAGUCGACGCCAUCGCCGCGGAUCUGGAUGCGGUCCAGUAAGCGCGCGACCCCGUCCAGGUCCACGGCGGCGGCACAAGCAACAACGUGCCCCAGCCGUACGCACCGCCAUGGAAGGCGGUGGACCCCAAGAACCAUUUCCAGUGGCACGUCGAUGAGGACGUCGAACCGGAGUACGCACAUCGCGGCGAUGAGGUGCCGCGCGGGUGCCGUGGCAUCCGCCACAACGACGACGACUGCCCCGACCGCCGCGGCGUCCGCCAUGACGACGACGACUACAACGACCACCGCGACGGAUUUCGACUUAAGCCACCCAAGCACCCAUUUCCGGUCUUCAAAGGGUACAAAACUUGCUGGCUUCCCCUGCGUCCCAAGCAGACUGAGGCUGCUGAUGCGGAUGAGGCUUUGGCUGUUCCUCUUGAUGGUGAAUGGAUAUGGCACUGCCAUCAGCUUAAUCCUACUCAAUACAUAAAGGACUACAAGAGAUUAUAUGGCAGAAUACUGGACACUAACAAUGUCAAGUCCAUUCAAGCAAAAUCCAAGGACCAGGUUGAGAAAGUUUGGACUGAGUUAUAUCCUGGGGAGCCUGUUGAGUUGGAGUGCACAAGUCCUUCUGAAGAUUCUGUUUAUCUGAGUGAUGAAACGGCAGGAGGCUUUUCCUAUGAUUUGGUCUCAGCUGUUAAGAGACACUCUUCUUUCGUCUACCAGAUUAUGAUCUUAAUUGGGAAAACUGGUUCUGGGAAAAGCACACAAUUGGUUCAGUAUCUUGCUAACUCAGGUCUUGCUGCCAAGGGUUGCCACCUGGGAAGUAUAGUGCUGCAAAUACUCCGUGAUACUUCUGUUUGUAAGGUACCUUAUUCUGCUACACACCAGUGGGAUCCUGGACUUUCUUCUGAAAUAAUUCAUGUGCAUUCACUGGGUACUUUGCAACUCCUUGGACAUGAUUUGGUGCAGUACAUUGAGCUUGGAAGUGCAUUUAGUCUCAGCAUUGCAACGGGUAUGCAGCUAUUGCAGUUAUUGUUGAGAGCGAUGCUACUUGGUGUCAUUCACUCCAAGUUGUGGUUAACUGAUGGAUGGUCAGAGACAAAUAGUGCUCACAAUUUUCCUUGCCUUCAGUCCAGGGAAUGAGAUCCUUCUUACAGCAUGGCAAAUAUACUGCUUCAUUGAUUCUGCCUUGGAAUCCAGACGGUUGGAUGACAUCUAGCACUACACUUUUGUUUUCUAUUGAAUGUAGUUUCUUGCAUUGGAACCCUUGUUUACCCGAGGCAACUUACUCUAAAGAACAACUUGUGCUGCACAAACUUGGUCUCUGUCAAGCAACAGGUUCAAUUUUCAAGCUCCUGCAAGCAAAGAACAUAGUGUCGCCAUUACCUCACGCUGUUCAGCAGCGGUGUCUUGGAUGGCUCCGAUUGUAUCCUGAUAUCGUCCUUUUGAUGGUUGAGUGGAAUCACUCAUAUUUCUCUGUCAGACUUUGGGACCCAGGCAUUAUACAGUUCCUCUCUCGCUCUGCCGUCCGAUCUCCCAUUCAGGCGGAUUUUAGCAGUGAGGGCACUGGAGAUACCCGAGCUUGCACUUGGCUCCUGUGUUGGCACUUGCAGUUUGUAUACAGGAAGGAUGAGACGAUUAUGUGGCUUCAACUUCACUUCUUCUGCACAUUUCUGACUUGGAUAGAUUUGCAGUGCAGUUUCCCGAGUGCCUCAUAUCCUUUCCUCUACACUUAUAUUUGGCUGCGUGCCUGCGUUCUUCUUGAACCGGAGUGGUGCAUAUCAUUCACUGAUCACAAUUCUAGCCGUACAAGGGGUAUCGAGCUUGAGGACAAGCUCCAUUUCAAGGGGAGGAAAUUGUCAUGUCCUGCGUAUAUGACACAUAGUACACUGUAUAAAGUGUGGGGCCAGAGGGCAGUGUGAGUUGUAUGGUGCUUAUAAGCCCAACCCCUUGUACUGAUCUAGUCAUCGAAUCAAUGAAUGAAGUGAGCUGCUCCAGCUCCUUCGUUCUCGGUCAAUCCCUUUGCCAUUUUCUAUCUCUAUCCUGUGAUUCUCUAGCUACUGCUAGGGACAUCACAUCCGAGGACGGAGGGAGUCGUGGUGGCAGGGGACAGACGCGUGAGGAGGAGGCCGUGGUCAUGGUGGCGCGACGGAGGUCGUGGCUCGCCCCCCGCCGCCUCUCUAGCGCCCCCAUUUUCCCUGCCCCCUCCCUGGCGUCAUUACCUCUGCCAUGGCCUCCACCCUCCCUCUCCAUCGACCUUCCCGAGCUCUCCCUCUUCGGGGGUCGCCGCCAUCCGAUGCCACGCGCCAUGAUUCCAGAUCGGCCGCAGGCCGAGAAAGAGCGGUUGCUGUAGUGAGGGCAGCAGGGUGCCCACCCCGGCGGCUGUGUGCAGAGGGGGAGAGGUCAAGGAUGGUUGCCCGUUCAUGGAGGAGAGAUGCAACACAGUGUUGGCAUGGUGUUCAUCUUCAGAUCGGUUGCAACCUUCUGCCCCCAUCGUUCCCCGUGUUUUCUUUUCAUAAUCUACACACUAAGUUGUAGAUUGGUCGGAGCUGUUGGCAUUAGGCAGCACAAGAAUAAGAAUGUUUGUCAGCUUUUUCAUAGGAUGAAGAUGGACCUGGCAGCAGGGAUCAUGGGAGCAACGGGAGUGGCUGGCCGCCCGAAGCUAGACGAGAAAGGGGGCAGCAGUGCAGGGACGGAAGAGGGUGUCCAUGUGCUAUCCAUUUCUGCUCAUCUUAAGCUUGCAGAUUUUUAUCUAAAAGCAGAGCUACCUACUAAUGGCUCACAAGAUCGAAAACUAAGCCUGAUUUCUCAGGAAUCUUCCGUUGUGGUGCUUAUGUGUCUAAGAAAUUAACAGGGCAGAGGCUCUAGAGAGGAGGUUUGAUUUUCCUUUUCGGCGUUUGUAGCACGAAUGCAAGAAUUUCUCUUGUUUGGAUAUGUCCUUACUUUCAUGGCUCAAUCAUCAAAUGACGUCAAAAUUGAAUUCCUGAAAGCAAGGCUAAUUAAUGAAGGAAAGCUAACUGAUGCUCUUGUUGUAUCCAACUGUUGUUUGCGCAAUGGAGCGUCUGAUAAAUUACUUUGAUUGUCCAUUGUCAAAGGGAAUAAAUAAUAAGUCUAGGCACAGGACAACGUAACAAUAUGUGCUUGAGUCCUUACAUCAUACGUGAUCGUGUAAUUCUAUGACACAGCCUGUUUAUGGAGUUAAAUCUCGACAAGGCAUAUUUCCCAUUUCUCAGCUUACUUUCCCACAUCUUGCGCUAACCACUCCCAGGACACCAGAUCCGCGUCCUCGUUGUCCCCCCAGCCUUGCUUAUUGGACGAAGAUGACAGGGAGGAGAGGAUGCUAGCCAGGAAGGUGCACAUGGCAUUGGCGUCGCCGACCCCUCACCGGCGAUGGCCAAGGAGCCAUCGACGAUGGUGUAGCUGCAGCAGUCUGUCAAUUGGACGAGAGGCCAAGGACCAUGGUUGAUCUAAGAGCAGUCUCAACUUGCUUGUUGAUCUGUUCUGGAGCAUGGUUCAUCUAUCCAUGUUUCCCCACCCUAACACAACACGGUCCACAUCUUGAAUUUGAAGUGAACUUCAGUCUAAUUUGUUGCUGGUUGUGCUGAACAGUUCGGUUAGGGUGGACGUGCUUUUGUUCUAUUUGUGCUGGCGAAAAACUUGAGUUCCUUUGUCA